AUGUGGCGACCAGAAAACGAUUGUUCGGAUGAAGACGAUGAGAUGGAAACCGUGGAAGAGAAGGGGGCAGAUACAUGGAUACCGCUGAUCCAGCCUGACAGAGGCCAGAGAGGCAGGACCAGACGACCAUGGUUAAGUCACCAGAGUGAGAAAAGACGCCAUAUGUGCCUGUUAGUGGUGAUGUUUGUGUUCCUGCUGAUGGCGAUGGUUACCAUGGUGAUAGCAAUAGUUCGAAUGAUGGAAGAUCAUGACGCAUGUGAUCACGUGACGACAGGGGCGGAUACAGCUGCUUCGAAGCCGAAAGCCCCAUUGGGCUGCUCCCGGCUGUCCGUGCAGGACGUCUGGACCGCCACCUUCCCCCAGCUGCUGACGGAGUCCGCCAUCAGGCUGCUGCACGUCAACGGAGACGGCGUGCUCGACGUGGUCACCGGCUUCGGCACAGGUGCGGACGGAUACCACAUCCCGUCUGUUGUAUGUGACCUGUACUUUAACGGCUCGUUCCCGUGUUUUGGCGGGCUGCUGGCCUUGGAUGGGGCGACCGGUCACGAGCUGUGGCGAAGCUUUGCAGACCACGAGAUCUUUGGAGUUAACUGCAACGAAGACAUCAGUGGAGAUGGAGUGAACGACUGUCUCGCUGGGGGGCGCUCCGGGGCCUUCCAGGCGGUGAGCGGCAGGGACGGGCGGGUGCUGUGGAAGUUCGGUCCGCAGGAGGCAAAGGUAGACAUGAUGAACCUGUACACGGCACAGUUCCUGCCCGAUAUGGACGGCGACGGGGUGCCGGAUGUGCUGGCGGCUCACGGUGGGGACCCGCUCCGAGAACCUGGCAGCCUGUACCGGUUGUCGGGCCGGCUGUUGAUCCUUAGCGGUAAGGACGGGAAGGUGUUGCGCUGGGCAGAAGUACCGGACCGUAGGGAGACUUACUACUCACCUCAGGUGUACACCCGUCAAGAUGGCCGCCUCACCGUACUGUUUGGAACAGGCGGGGAGACACAUCCGGGAUCUUUGUGGCGGAUUUCGUUGGACGAUUUGUACGAAGGCAACAUGGACAAAGCAGAGGUGUUGUACAGUGACCCGCAGAAAGGCGUCAUGACCCCGCCGGUACUGGUGGACCUCACCGCUGACGGAACCGUCGACAUCGUCAUGGCCAUGUUCAACUCUACCGUGGUGGCCAUGGACGGAGAGACGGGCGAGACGUUAUGGGAUGCCUCAUUCCCUAUGUCGGAGUCCUACAGUACGCCAGCUGUAGGUUUCUAUAACGACGACGACGUGCCAGACUUCAUGGUUCACUACCAGCACGGCCCGGGCUUCCCCAUCUACUACCAGUCACAUACGACAAUUCUGGACGGAAGAAAUGGACAGCCGCUUGUUGUUCCUUACAUCCGGGACACUGUCGGAGCACAGGCUUCCCCACUGGCCAUCAGCGUAGAGGGUCAUGGGAACGAUGUCUUCCUCUAUUGGGUCGCCGACUGCACUGGGUAUGAGGGAGAAAGCGGCGAGUUUGACUUUGUGAAAGGAACGAAUGUUCACGAGCAAAGCCGGGCAGAUUUCUGCAAGGUUCGGUUCAAGACAAGCGGCUACUCCCAACUAGCGAUGAUGAGUGGUAACACAGCGCCACCUGGCGUUACCAUCUAUGACUCCAGAGACCGGUUCCACCUGGAGCACGACGAAACCGUCAACACCACCGCCAUGGCACUCCGGUACAUCCAACAGCAUCCGGAGGUCAGGGGUCAGUACCAGGAGUGGUUGGGAGAAUCUGACAUGGAGGGUACUGACAAGAGUGAGACUGAGAGUGGCAGAGGAAAGCGAGGAACGACACAAAACGAGAAGAGCGGGGAAAGAAGGCAUCGAAGACACGUUGGUCCUCAUGACGAGGGAGGUGUGCAGAGACUGUUGUCUACAGGUACCCUGGCCCCUUCUCUGGACGCCUCUGACCCACAGGCUAUCGAUGUGCUGUUCGCCACCUACUGGUUCUACCCUGCUAAAACAACCGUGCUCCUGCCUGAAGAUGAACAGUGUGUCCAAGACAUGAUGGAAAAUGAAGUCCAGCGAUUCAGCCCUGACAACCAGUACUAUGGGUUCGACCAUGACGCGUACGAGCACGUGGUGGAGGAGAAGUGCGCCUCUGCCCGCCUGAACGGUACCACGGACAGCGCCACCUAUCAGUCACAGACGAACUACAACCCAUUCAACGUGCACAUGGGUGCCAUGACGAUAUACAGGGUUAAGAUACGGUGCGACUGUACCGGUGAGGAAAAGGACCAGUGCAGCAGAGUGCUGCCGUACAGUGAGCAGGGCUGGGCCGGGUACAUGGGAACAUACGGCACCAGUCACUAUGUGCCGCGCACCUAGGCCUGUACAGCACGCCCAGCUCAACACAUGGAGUAUGCCCCCUUAUUGGCGUUCACGGCAUCGGCAAUGCAGCCAUAAUGAUGUUUCUUUGCCAUACAAUUGAAUAAAGAUUAAGGACUUUCGGACAUUUCGAGAUCUUUCGACGCUUUCUAAAAUAUUAUUGCUCUGAGCGUUCCCGUAUUGUGUGACUAGUCACUUAUGUUCAUGUCUGGAUAAAAACAAAAUUAACAA